AUGCCGAACCCCAAGAAGCCUGCCAUGGGCCCGCGCCGCAAGUCCUCCACAAUGCAUUACCAGACGUUCCCUACGAAGCCUCCAACCUCACGAGGUCCUCCUCCGUCGUCUGCUUCCGACACAAAUGUCGACUCUCCCCAAUCACGGGAUAGCGCCGACUCAGCUGCCUCACAAGAACACCCGCUACCGUACAAGCAAUUAGCCGUACUGGCAGUCAUAGCUCUGGCAGAGCAAACUGCCUUCAACAGCAUAAGUCCGUAUCUACCGGACAUGGCGUCGAGGUUUCCGGAGGUCGAAGAGGAAGAAAUUGGGCUUUACGUGGGCAUGAUAGCUUCUGCCUUCGCGCUGGCACAGGUUACAACGAACUUCUUCUGGGGCUGGCUCUCGGAUAGGAUCGGAAGGAAACCCGUCAUUCUGCUUGGAACAGUCAUGACGGCGGCAUGCUUCAUCGGACUGGGCUUCUCAACGAGGUUGUGGCACGCCAUACUUGUGCAGGUAUGCAUGGGUUUAGUGAACGGCAACCAAGGCAUAGUCUCCACGAUAUUGGGCGAGAUUACGGACCGCAGCAACCAGUCAACAGCAUUUCAAUACCUACCGGUGAUCUACGGCCUUGGUGCGAUUACGGGACCACUGAUCGGUGGUGUGCUUGUGUUUCCAGAGAAUCCGUUUAAGAAGGGACAGCCCAACCCUUACCCGUACCUUGUGCCAAACCUCGUCUCUGCUGCUCUACUGCUCCUGGACACGGUGAUUGCCAUGCUCUUCCUCGAGGAAAGUCUACACGAGGCGCAGAACCUUCCACCCUUAGGCAAGCGUGUCGGAAACCUCUUCACAUGGAUAUGGCAAUUCGCCAGUUCGACCAGACCAACCUACCUCCGACCACGCGCCGAGAACGGAAAGCGUCGCCAUAGCAAUCACGCUGACGGCACGAUUGGCGACGGAGACAGUAUAACAGACACGGCAUCGCACCAUUCUCUACCAUCUCUAUUACCUCAGGUCACAGGCGAUGGUCUCACAUACAAGCAAGUCUUCAACCGGGAUACCGUCCUCCUCCUCAUCACAAGCUUGAUCUUCAACCUCUCAAACGUCACCUAUCUCUCCCUCUACCCCAUCUUCGGCCAAGCGCCCCCGCCCACAGGCCGAGCUCUCUCGCCCGAGGAAAUCGGCCUCUCGCUAGCCUUCUCCGGCGUCGCUGUCAUCGUGCUCCAAGUCUGCCUCUACGGCAAACUGCACGAGAAGCUGGGCUACAGGACGACCUACAAGAUCAGCUUUGCAGCGUUCACGAUCGGGUUCUUCCUAACACCCUGGGUCGGGUACAAGGAUCCCUCAGGCACGGGGGCCAACCAGGGCAAGACGUGGCUGUGGAUCGAGCUAGGGCUCAUCCUAGUUAUCGUCAAGAUCGCUUCAGUAGGCGGGCUUGCUGCUUUCCUGCCAUUACUCACAAACUCCUCCCCCAACCACGCCGUCCUCGGCACCCUCAACGGCCUCGCCCAAACCCUCGGCGCCGCCGGCCGCGCCGUCGGUCCCUUCAUCUCUGGCGGUCUUUUCACGGCCGCGACGCACGUCAAGCCCAAGGGCGAGUUGCUUGCUUUCGGCGUCUUUGGCGGGAUCGCGUUUGUGGGGUUUUUGCUGUGUUAUGGCAUCAGGGGCCAGAAUUUGGAGGCGGAUGGGGGGGAUGAGGAGGAGGGGAGUGAGGAGGGGGGAAGUGAGGAUGACGGCAGUGGUGAGGAUGAGGACGAGGAAGGGUCUGGUCAUGGGAGCUUGAGGGAAGAGGAUGAAGAGGCGCCGUUGCUGCGGCGGUGA